CAAAUACAAAGACAGAGACCACUUGCUGCAAGCAACAGCCCUUCCUCAGUCCUUGCCUUCUCCCCUUGUUUUCUCCAGCCCCUCAUAACCCAUGCGUAUAUUCACUUCUUCAUCAAUGACUCGGCUAAUGGCCACCAUCCAUCUGCUGCUUUUCCUCCUGUUGUCGGCAUCCAUGGCGAUCGGCCUGGAGGUGCGCUACUACUCAGAGACCUGCCCCCAAGCAGAGAGCACGGUGAGGAAGGUCAUGGAGAGGGCCAUGCGAAAGGAGGCCAGGAGCGGAGCCUCAGUCAUGCGCUUGCAGUUCCAUGACUGCUUUGUCAACGGCUGUGAUGCUUCUCUGUUACUGGACGACACACCCACCAUGCUAGGUGAGAAGCUCGCUCUCUCCAACAUAAACUCCCUGAGAUCGUAUGAAGUUAUCGAUGAAAUAAAAGAGGAAUUGGAGGAGAUCUGCCCAGGUGUGGUCUCCUGUGCGGAUAUCAUCAUCAUGGCAGCAAGGGAUGCUGUUGUUCUGAGCGGCGGUCCAUGUUGGGAUGUCUCACUGGGGAGGAAAGACAGCCUCUUUGCAAGCCAAGAAGCGUCGAACAAGAUCAUGCCCAGCCCACGCUCUAACGCAACCUAUUUGAUCCAACUCUUCCAACGAUUCAACCUCUCGAUAGAAAACCUGGUGGCACUCUCUGGUUCACACUCCAUCGGCUACGGGCGGUGCUUCUCCAUCGUCUUCCGGCUAUACAAUCAGUCUGGAUCCGGCCAUCCUGACCCAACCAUCAAUCCAGCCUUCCGGGAGGUGCUUGACAAACUCUGCCCUCUUGGUGGGGAUGGAAAUAUCACAGGUGGUCUUGAUGCCACUCCCGUUGUCUUCGACAAUCAGUACUUCAAGGACCUGGUCGAUGGAAAAGGCUUUCUUAAUUCUGAUCAAGUUUUAUUUUCUACGGACAAACGAACCCGUAAAUGGGUGGUUCAGUUCAGUCGGGACCAGGACAAAUUCUUUUCAUCUUUUGUAGUGGGGAUGAUCAAACUCGGGAGCCUCCCGCCGGCAACAGCAGAUGGGGAGGUUCGACUUAAUUGCAGACGUGUUAACAAGCCAGUUGAUGAAGCCUUCCUGGAAUAUUUAACAUCAAACAACGUUGAUGACAAGCGUAAUCAUAUUAAACGCCAUGCCAAGCAAGGAGGCCAUUGGAAGCUGUAGGCUAGCACGCAAGGAAUGCAAUGGAAAAUCUAUCUUCAUAUCAGGAAUACAAUGAAAAACCUUGCUUGA